AUGGUGUCGUGUGGCUUGAUUGAACUUUGGGUCAUGGUGAAAAUUUACUUGUUGGCAGCCUUUUUGGCUAUCCGAGAGCUAAUUUUUGACCAUCUCUGUGACAAAAAUGUAGGUUUAUAAAUUCUCAAGUCUGUAAUAGUUGUUUCAGUCGUUUUCGUCAGAAAUCUCUCAAUCUGAAUGCUGCAAAGGCCCUUUGCGUUGUGUCAUAGUCACCGGGGCGAACGGAACCAUUGGUUCUGAGGUUUCAAACCGAUUUUCAUAAAGUUAAGAGUCUGGUUUAAAGGUCGUGAAAGAUUUGUUAGGGUUGGGAUUCCGAGUUCAUGCCUUGGUUCACGGCGUCCACAAAAAUACGUUGCCAGUCAAUCCUCUUCUGUUUUUGCAUGAAGCCGAUUUUUCGGACAUUCACGAGGUAUUCUGGAAGAAUUUCAACAAAGCUUUACAAUUUGUGAAAUUAGGUCCGAAGACUGACAGCAACUUUAAUAAAAAGCGUUACAAGAAUUGAUCUCGUUGUUUGCUGCGCCGGGGUCAUGUUGGCUGAUCGUAAGGUUCUAAUUUUGUAUUAUUUUUUCUGUUUUAUACUUUUUUUUCGAUUUUCAACACGAGAAAGUCAGCAAGAGUUAACCAUGGGCCAUUUUAUCAUUGCUACGAAACGGAUCUUUUUUCACUUUCGUAGCUUCUCUGUGGCAUUUUAUCGUUCAAAUUUAUGACUGGAAAAAGAGUAAAAAGUCCAGGUUUGAUUGGAAAGUCGAAAAAACUAAGGGAAAGUAGGGAAAGUUCUUCUUUGAGAAAAAUCCCAUUGCGUCUUCGCACAGAUAUGUUGUGGUCCUACUCUGAAUUUCCUUGCGUUUCUCCAUAAGAAUCUGCGUUUUUCACUUGAAAAUUAAAAUCCAUGUCCACAGAUUAUCGAUGGAAUCGAAUCUCAUUUUAUGGUGAACGUCAUGUCGCAAGCUUUCCUAUUGGAUAGAAUCGAGAAUUUGUUCACGCCGUCAACGAGAAUCGUUUUUCUCUCUUCCGCCACAGCAAGAUGUUCCUAUCAUCAGUUUGGCGGUUGUUUUUGACUUUUCUUAAGAAUCAAAGACAACAGAUUGCAGAAAACAUGUUAUCAGAGUACAUUGGGCCUUAUCAAGCCUACGCCUUCUCAAAACUUCUUUUGGCGGUUUUUGUUAGCGAAAGCGCUAGAGAGAGGUUUAACUUGGAUAUUUCCCGUUCUGCGCCAGCUUGUCCCGCUUUUUUCUCUGCAAAAUGUACCGUAUACCAAAUUUGACCCAACUUUAUCGUGGGAUAGUUGUUUUUUGCAGUCUUUUGAAGCCUCUUUUGUGAAUUUGUAGAUUAAAAGUGCAAAAAACCUUUGCAUGAAAAAAAUAUAUUUUUUGCUGUGCUUUUAAUGUGACCAAUUCACACGAAAAAAAAGUACAGUAUGCUGAAGUCAGAUCAAAAAAGUUCAUAUCAAUUGAAAGAGUGCUUGAAGACAGAUGAAUCAUAUUGAGCAAAAAUAUCUUCAAAGCUUGAAAAAUUUGUCCAACUCUCCAAAGAAGUUGAUUGUGGAUCAGAAAUGUCCAUAAUCGAUGAGACGUUGGUUGAAGUUUCAAUGUUCAAAAACCAAUUAUGAGAAGAAAUUCUGCAAGAACUGCGUCAUAAGUGUUUUUUAUCAAUUUCAGGUCGUGGAGCAUCGUUUCUUUGCACCCGGGAACCGUGCCCGGAGGACUUUAUCGCAAUGCAAAUAGUGUCGUUCGAUUUGUUAACCGACAUUUUUUGCCUUAUCUUAUGAGGUUAUUUUUGUCAUCAAAUAGUGAGAACUUGAGUUGAACUCUGGGAGAAUAAAAAAGGUUACAAUAUUUAAUAAUAAAAAGAAAGACGAAAAUAUUUAGGAAAAAAAAGUUACUUUUUUUUGUAAUCGGAAAAAUUUUUCGCUUUUACAAAAUGAAAGCUUCAAAAGAGUAUAGCCAAAGAUCAACAUUCCGACUCAUUUUUCUUUAAACAUGGUUUAAGGACGCCUGAAACGAGCAGUCGACUUGUUCUGCAUACUGCUCUUCGCCACGAUUUUUCCAACGGUUGCUACUACGAAGACACGAAAGUUGUAAACGUUUGUCAGGGAAUUUCAGAAAAUGUAAGUUUUUUUGUCCAGCUUGUGCUUUUUAAAAAUUACUCAAUACUUUGAAACCAUUUUGUUUAAUCCUUCAAAGUGGUUGAUUUGUGCGCGAGUUGAAUCUGAAACCUUUAUAAUUUUACAGUCAUUAAAAUUCUUUUCGAAUUCAGAAGCGAAAAAACAAAAAUUAAGGACCGGAAACAAAUAUAUCAAGAGGUCCAGCGGCGAAUUGGCAUUUGGCGGUGCUGA